AUGGAGAAUCAUCAGUUUCCUAAGAUGGAUACUUUCCUCCAGAAAGAAACAAUGAGUUCUACUUCUUAUGUUCAAGAAUAUGCCAAACAUACACAAUUUUUUGCCAAUUCCAUCAUCUGGAAUGGCGUUUCAAGAUCAUCAUCAUCACCAUCAUCAUCAUCACCAUCAUCAUCCUCAUCAUCAUCAUCACCAUCGUUUCCUAUAAAUUUUCUUGAAACUUUCUCACAACUCAACCAACCUUCAUCACAAGCCACUGAACCAUCAUUGACGACCAUUAUGCAACCUCAAAACAUGUCAAGUUCUGGUGACUACUGGUUGAAGACAACCAAAACUCAGCCAAUGAAGUAUACAGGAAGGCAAAUUCCCGAUACUACCCUCAAAAGGACCUCCUUGUUAGCAUCAGUUUGUUCACCAGGGAAGCUAUUUAGAGGGGUAAGGCAACGUCAUUGGGGAAAAUGGGUGGCAGAAAUCCGAUUACCAAGAAACCGAACACGAGUUUGGCUUGGGACAUUUGAUACAGCUGAAGACGCUGCUUUUGCAUAUGACACAGCUGCUUAUUUAUUAAGGGGUGAUUAUGCGCACUUAAAUUUUCCAAAUUUGAAGAACCAGUUGAAAGCCAAUUCAAUAAAUGGAAACACUGCAGCUCUUCUUGAAGCAAAGUUACAAGCUUUAUCUCAAAAGGGUAUCACUAAACUAUCACCACCAUUGCAAGAAAACACCUUAUCAGAAACUUCAAGAAACUCGGAGGUAAACAAUGAAAAAAUCAAGAAACAGAUGGAAGAAGGAGCAUCAGAUGUUGUGGAAGGGGUUCAGCUAAGUCGAAUGCCAUCUUUGGACAUGGAUAUGAUUUGGGAUGCUAUUCUUGUUUCUGAUUCUUGA